UGCACGCGCUUGGGAGGAGUCACACACAUGAACAGCCUCUCGUGCUGCUUGGCAACACACAGCAUGAAUCCAAGUGAAAUAUCAGGAGAUUUUGAUGGGACACUUGGACCAGUCCAGCAGCAAAAGUCGCCUACAAGCCGAGAACAGAACUAAAGGUUCUAGGACUUACUUUCAGGAGCGCGAUGAACCUUUCCACAGAGACUUUAUUCAUCUUUUGAGUUCAGAUGGGACGUUCGGCUGGUGCAAACAUCAGGUGCAUGAGGACUGAAGCGGAGAACAUGUAACAAAGGAGGACACGAGCUGGAUGAUGGACUGUAACAUCUCGAGCUCUCUGUAGGCUCUUCAGUUUGGAUCCGAACUCUUCCUACAUCUUCUGUCUAGUUCAAGAUGAGUUGUUUCUGUUCAGUCCAAGAUGAAUUUUACUGUGAGGUUCUGCUCCUGGAUGAGUCCAAGCUGAUUUUAACCACCCAGCAGCAGGGAAUAAAGAAAUCAACCAAAGGGUCUGUUGUGUUGGACUAUGUCUUCAGUCACGUGAACCUCGCUGAAACCGAGUAUUUUGGGCUUCGCUAUUGCGACCACAGUCAUCAAACGUAUUGGCUCGAUCCCUCAAAAACACUCGCUGAGCAUAAAGAUUUGAUAACAACUGGACCUCCGUUCACGCUCUACUUUGGGGUGAAAUUUUACCCUGAAGAUCCCUGUAAACUGAAAGAAGAAAUCACAAGGUAUGAGUUCUUCCUUCAGGUAAAGCAGGACGUCCUGCAGGGGAGACUGCCCUGUCCAUCAAACAUCAGCACACAGCUGGGAGCGCUCGCUGUUCAAUCUGAGCUCGGAGAUUACGACCCUUACAAGCACACGCCAGGUUACGUGUCUGAAUACCGCUUUGUCCCCGACCAGAAAGAGGAAGUAGAGGACAGCAUCGAACAGAUUCAUAAAACGCUUGUGGGUCAGGUGCCUGCCGAGGCCGAAAACAAUUACUUAGCAAUUGCAAAAACACUGGAAAUGUACGGCGUGGAUCUGCACCCUGUGUUUGGAGAAAAGCAGUCUGAGUACUUCCUGGGCCUGACGCCUGUCGGAGUCGUGGUUUACAAAAAUAAAACCCAAGUAGGGAAAUAUUUCUGGCCAAGAAUUACAAAAGUGUAUUUCAAGGAAACCCAGUUUGAGCUGCGGGUUAUGGGCAGAGAUUGCAAUGAGACGUCGUUCUUCUUUGAUGCUCCCAGUAAGACGGCCUGCAAGAACCUGUGGAAGUGCUGCGUGGAGCAUCACACCUUCUUCAGAAUGCCAGAGAAUGAGUCUAAUUCACUAACAAGAAAACUGUCCAAAUUCAGCUCUCUGGGCUCGAAGCAUCGCUACAGUGGAAAGACUAGGAUGCAGUCUGUGACUCUACCACGAGCCGAUCUACAGGUGAUCCGAACCCGCAGCAAGACCUACCCGAAGAGAAGCACACAGUCCACAGGGCGGAGCAACGGAAGCCAGUCAGUCACCAAGUUGGAGAAUGCGAGUGAAGGCCAGUCCAAAAGCACUGCACUUCCACCGGUCAAGAGUCCCAAAGCAAAGACAGACAGCACUUCAGAGCCGCAGAACAAGCCCAGUGCACCAUGGGAAGAAGACGCCCCACAGAGCGGUCUGUAUAACUCGGCCAGCGAGAGGAACAAAUCUCCCAGAUUCCCCAAAGCUCACAGACGUUCACCCUCCGGAGACAUGGAGAACGAGACGUCUCUCUCGGCCCGCCGCAGGAGAGGUCCAUCCACCGAGGACCCACAGGCCGACAAACAGUUCAGGAGGAGAUCACGUUCCCGUGGAAACACCAGCAGCGGCAGCGAAUCCGAGAAUUCCAACAGGGAACAUCGUAAAAAAAGAAACCGAUCCCGUCAGGAGAACGAGAUGGUCGACUCUGGUCCGCAGUGGGAAGUUGUGCUGCGCAGACAAAAAGAAAAACCCCCUGGUGAUCCCAACCAUCGGCGCUCGAGACACCGCUCACGCUCACGAAGUCCUGACGUUCAAGCUAAAGAGCAGCUCUGGAAGCACAUCCAAAAGGAGCUGGUGGAUCCUUCAGGUCUCUCUGAGGAGCAACGAAAGGAGAUUCCCUACAAGAAAGUGGAAACACAAGGUGACCCGAUCAAGAUCCGUCAUUCACAUUCUCCCAGGAGCUUCCGGCAGUAUCGGCGUUCCCAGUGUUCGGACGGCGAGCGGUCUGUGCUCUCCGAGCUCAACUCUCGGACCGAUCUGGUGCCUCCUCUCCCGGUUACACGCACUGCAGAUGUGUCCGGUUCCAGCUUGACCCCUGCAAAGAAGAAGUGCUCCAAAGACACUCUCUCAGAGAGCUCUGAGCAGGACGCAAAAAGCUCCGCCAAAGUGGUGAAGACCGUACACACAUCUCGAGUGAAAACAGAGACGUGACCAAGUCAAGGACGAACGGGUGAAAUGAAAAGUCAAGGUCUGGUGGAGAUUGAAACACUGAUCCAGACACACGGACACCCUCAACCUUUCAUCAGAGGACAAUGUAUUUCUUCACUGGAUGCAUGUGUCCCUUUAUAGAGGUUGCAUGUAUUACAAAAUCACACAGAAAACGUAGAAAUUCGAUUCAUUUUCUCCUAACAGUCAAAUGAAGGAUGUCUGUGAACUGUCUGUCGGUGGUGUUAAAUCUGACAUUGCAAACAUCUCAUUUCACAUUUUCCGUACAGUAUUAAACUUGUGUGAGCUCGAGCAGCAUGUGGGAAUGAUGUAAACCGUGCUUCGUAUUAUUUGUAUUAUCGCUGUUGUCCAUUGUGUCUUCAGAUUUUAGAAUCAGCUCUGCUGUGUUUCUAUUUUUGUGUUUGCACAGUAAUGUAGACUCGUGCUUCUUCCUAAAAAUCGCUGUAGAUGAACUGGAAGCUCAGUUUUUUUUUUUAGUUUUAACAACUUGUUAAUAAAUACAUUACUGUACAUCCA